AUGAUGGCCAAACCCACACCCUGUACACACACCACCCUUCUCUUCGAGCCCUCCCCUUUCUCAGAACUAGCCGGCUUCGAGCGUCUCGAUCCACGAGUCCGCAUAGCAGCAACUACGAAAUCCGGCCGCGCGCCUCCAGCAGCCAGAGACAAGUCUUCCACCAGCGCCUCCCUGGACAAACAAGCCCAAAAGGAAAGCCAAACAUAUCCCGGCCCCCUAGUCCUCCCUCACGAUGCAUUAAACUACGACCCUGACGGUGACGAGCCGGCGCAGUCGUUCCGGAGUUGGUUGCACGAGAAAUGUAGGAAUAAAGUGACGCCCGAGAGGCGGACACUGUAUGUAGGUGCGCCGCCGAAGAUCGACGAGAAAAUGGCCUUUAUGAAGGGUUGGACGACGCCAAACCUCGAUUCUUCCGAGCCACCCAGCAAGAAACUGCGCACAGAGAAGGGGGCGAAGGCUCCAGCGCCCAAUUCCUUGCAGAGCCCCAACGUCGAUGAGACAGUCGCUUACCUUCGCGCUUUCUACCACGGUAUGCACGUGGUGCCCCUUCCCAUAGAUCUGUGUUGGGUACCCUGGGAGCAAAGUGCGACCAAGAGUCGACCAGUACAAACCGUGAACGGCGUGCCGAAGUACGUCGCGCUUUCCUACGGCGAACUCGCAACGCGCGUGCGCGCCAGACCUGCACCAGACGACGCCUUCGCCGCGCAAUUGAACCUCAAUGAUAUCCUGGAUGCAGCGAUCGCGAUGUUGCCGGCCGAUGCAUUCGCUAUGGUGCUGUUGGUCGACCACGACAUCUACGAGUCACCCAACGACGACUUUUGCGCCGGGCGCGCGUACGGAGGGAGCCGUGUCAGUGUUGUGCAAAGCGCGCGAUAUAAUCCGCUGCUCGAUUCCUACGCUGGCAUAACGCAGGACCAUGCUUGGCCGACAUCUCACUGCAAAGCCUACAUCGACUCGCUCUGCGCAGUAGAAGAGAUGGAGGCGAAGCCCGCAACAGCCACCGAGACCCGUCUCAGCAAAAACGGACCAGUGCGUGCGGCCGUGAAUGCCGUGUCAAAGCUGAAAGCAUCAGAUUCACGGGCCGAUUUUGAAGCGCUGUGGUCGUCCCGGCUGCUCCGCACAGUGUCGCACGAACUCGGUCACUGCCUCUGUCUGGCGCACUGUUUCUACUUCGCCUGCAUAAUGCAAUCUACCUCCUCCCUCCUAGAAGACACCCGCCAGCCACCGUACUUGUGUCCUGUCUGCGACGCAAAGAUAUCUCACACGAUAGUCGUAGAGUUACAAGGAGGUACGGAAGACGACAGAAAGCGCUGGGUGCGCGAGCGCUAUAGUGCAUUGAAAGCCUUUUGUGAAAAUGGUGACAGGAAGAAAAUGACGCUAUGGGCGGGCUUUGACGGUUGGUUAGGACAUGUGCUGGAGACUACAGAUGCAUUGAACAGACAGUGA